UACUACUCUCAUUGAUCCUUUUCCCAUCUCAAAUUAGCAAUUGCUUCUUAGUACUCCUAUACUCUCCUUCUACUCUCUAAAAGCUUCGCUUUUGUGUUUAUUCUUUGUAGUAUUUUUUUUACUCUCUGAUUCAGUAUCCAUGGCCGCAGUUGAGAUUGCAUCAGCAAAGACAGCUCUCCCAGAGGAGAAGACUGAGGAAUCAGUUGAGGUAGUUCAACAAGAGAUUACUGCUCCUGCUACUACAACAGUAACAGAAGAGGCCCCAGUGACAACCGAGACACCUCCACCCGCCGCCGCAGAGGAGCCAAAGGAGACCGAAGCCGCGGAGCCACCGGCUGAAGAUGUGCAAGAGAAGCCAAAGGAGGCAGAGACUGCUGUGGCGGUGGCAGAAGAAGGCACAGCUGAAACCCCUGUUAAGGUAGAAGAGAAGGCCCCCAAGGAGGUUGUGACUGAGGAAGCAGUAAUAGUGGAAGAGAAGAUUGCUACCCCUGCCGAGGGGGAGAAGACUACAGCUGAAGAAGAAACACCAAAGGAGACAGAAGCAGAGAAGGAGACUAAGGAGAGUACCGAAGCCGCAACAGAGGAUACUGUUGCUGCAGAGCCAGAAGCCCCUGAAGCUCCCAAAGAGGAAGAAGAGAAGACAGAGGAGAAAGCUGUCACUGAAUCCCCAGUUGAGAAAGCUGAUGAGUAAUGAUUUAUAACAAGUCUACAUGCAGAGACCGAGAGAGAGAGAGAGAGAGAGAGCGAUCGAGAGAGAGUGAGUGAGUGGAGAGAGAGAGAGGAGUGUGUUGGUAAUUUGGUGGGUUUGGAUCCUUGUUUCUAGUACUCUAGGACUUUUAUGUUUACGUUCUGCUAUGUCACCAAAAUAAGUUCAAAUUUAAGUAUUGCUUAGUUUGUUUAAUAAGGAACGAGAGCAUGUAUAAUCAGGUAAAAAGUAUAUAUGUGGGGUACAUGGAACCGGAGGUAGUGAAAUUAAGCAAGUUACAUCACUUAGCUUGGGUUUCUCACCAAUGCCAGCAUGCCACGUGGUAGACAUGCAUUGGUUCUGAUAAUACCAAAUGUCCACAUAUAUAUAUGCUGUACUAUCUGGGUUUUGUUGGUCUGGUUCCGGGUAGAUUAUAAAUAAAAUGAUUUUCUGAUUAUAUGCCA